UUCCCAUUCAACAAACGCAUCAUCUCGGCGACGGGGACGCAAGCCGAUACGGAGCACCCGCACGUCCUGCGCUUGUGGGUCAAUCGAUCCUUCCUGGAUAGGAUCCUCCCAGUCGUAGUCACCGGCCUACUACCCUCGCUUCCCGCGCGAUGGCUCAGGUCUCGCUCUCCGGAGUUGUUCCUCCCCGCGCAGAUCGUUCUCAAGCGCAAGAUCGACGACCACACGCGCAGCUUUGAUGCCGAGCGCGCCGCCUACGAUAGGCUGCGUCCGCUGCAGGGCAAAGUGAUGCCCGUGCUGCUGGGCCAAAUCGAGUACGACGGCGCCAGGGCGCCGCUGCUCUCUGACAUUGGCGGUGUCUGUCUUGCUGAGCCGGCUGGGGAGAUGCUGGCCGGUGAGCUGGGACGGUUGAUUGGAGAGGCGCUGGGUCAACUGGCCGUGGGGGGGUUAUUGCAUGAUGUCAAAUUGGAUAACUUCCAUCUUGUCGGAGAGGGCCAGGGCGCGAAAAUUAUGGUUGUGGAUUUGGAGCAGGUAGACUUGGACUUGAGUGAGGAGGACGACGCGUGGGUGGUGCGGGAGAACGUUUGA